AUGGCGAAGAAACCGUGGGGUACUAUUACACAUCCGAAAGAACGCAAUCCGGAAUUUCUCAUGGGAUACCAAAAAUUAUCCGAUAGGAAAAUUAACCAGAUGGUCGAUCGCCUGUACAUACCAGACUGGACAAGUCGAAAUGAACAGAAAAAAGCGCCCAUUGACAGAAGAACCAAGGUGGAAGUACACGAGAUGGAAGAUGAAGACAUUGAGAAAAUGGUAGAAAGAUUAACCAAAGAUGGAGAGAAGAAAGCUACGGAUCGCAAUCGAACUGGAGCCAUGAAAGAGCAAGGUGUUGUGAAUACUUAUGCGUGGAAAGGAUGGAAUUAGUGUAUAGAAGAAUCGUGCUAUUCGAAGCCUAGACGGAAAGGAGGAAUUCAAUGUUUUCAUCUGAUUGCGACAGUUUGACGCGAAAUUUCGGGGCUUCUCGGUUACGUCUCACGGCACUGAGGAUGAAUAUUCGAGGCCGCCAUAUGAGACAUUUCACCACCGUGAUAUAUUCCUAUCCUGAUGCGAAAACAUUGUUGAAUUUGCGACAAACGAUCGAAGAAUUCAGCACACUGAUAAUUUAAAGUUGCAGUACGAAACUUUUUUCCUUCAGGUUCAAGGGAUGGGAGAUUUUCACCGCAACGCUCUUGCUCAUUAGUGACUGGGAAUCUACCGUGCUUGUUAGUGACUGGGAGUCUACCGUGAAAAAACGUCCUGGAAAUGUCACUGAAACAGAUGUUAUUGGUAUUAGUCUCGGAAAGAAUUUUUUCUCUGUAAUAUCAUUGCACUAAAGGAAUUAUUUCAAUGAAAGUAGAAACGACCACAAGAUAGAUAGUAUUUAAAACUUUUUUGGUUUAGCUGUGAGUUUGCAAUUAGCAAGGCAAUUAGGUUUAAUACGAGAUAAUGUCACAGGGUUGAACAAAUGUUACUCGUGGAUGAAAGUUACAUUAUUAUAAAUUAUACGAAAAAGUGAAAACAAUACAAAGCAAUUUUGACCUUAUCUUUUUACAGUUUGUUUAUUUUCCUAAGUGCCUCGCAGAAGGACUAACGACAUCUCAAUUUACAUGCACGUAGUAAUGAGAUUAACCAUUUAAAAUAAUAAUUGGCAAUUUUCGGAGACGUUUAUAUUUCGGCUAAAUUUCGGUUAAAUCUUUCUUUGUUUUUUCUAUAAUUACGGUAAUGAACUGUUUAUUACUGAUGAGAGAAACAAGAAUUAAGUGUUGAUAAGGGUCAGCCAGUUACGUUUCGAUUCGAGGGGGCAGAGUAAUGUUUGACAUCCAAUUACUGACCUGUCUGACGGUAACCCAGCAAAAAAAGCAAAACAUUGUAAUAACUGCGACUAGCGACCUUAUCCUUUGUUCAGCUUUAAUCAAAACUUACCGAGUAAACAGUAGGUACUUUGAUAUAACCGAGGAUCGCAGUUUGUGAGGUUCUUUUCAUGAAAUGAGGAUUAAAAUAUGACUGAUGGUAUCGGAGGCAAAAUUCGGUGAAUCUUGUCUCAGAUUUGUGAACAAAAUAUUAAUUGACAGAUUUGUCGCAAUUAACAGAAAUUUACACAUGCGAUAUAUGAUUCUGUAAAUAAUCUGAACGAAAGAAAAAAAACAAACGAUUUUGCUCGGUAUCAUGGCCCAAUUUGGAUAGGAAUGUCUCUAAACUCUAGCCAAUUCAACUAAAAAAUACCUGCAAUAAAAAUUUUCAGCGCAUUUCGCCAACUAAUAUUCCAUUUUAAAGAAUUUUCCUCAAAAAGACUGAAAAACCAAAUAAAUAAAUAUACAAGUUGGCUGCCCUGUACAUUCCAAUUCGGACAAUUUGUGGCAGACCGAGGCCGACUGCGCUGUAAACUUUAUUUCAUCUUAUAUAGUUUUGGUUUUUCCGAGUUCAGAUCAAAAGCAUAACUCUACCCUGAGACAAAGCUGCCCCAGAAGCCCAACACGAUGUAGCUGAACUAAUUAAUUAGCAAAGGGGGCAGUAUCUUUUUUGAGAAGUCAAGUUUGCUUUCUUUGGCUGGGUCGCCGACGCCACGAACGUUUUUCAUCCAGGUUAUCAAGUACAAGUGAGCGGAGUCUUAUCUCCUACUUUCUUUUUUAACAAGAUCGAAGGAGACACUAUUCAUAGGGUCACUCUAUCAAGUAUCUCUCCUAUAAUUAAAAAUAGAUCAGCAUCUUAUAUUUUUCUGCGUUUUCAUUCGCUACCGCAUCCCAACAACCAAUCAUUAGCGUUAAUUGCGGUUAACCCUUUGACUCCCAGGAUUCAAAAGCUCCCAACUUCUCAUAACAAAAUCAAGUUACUAUCCAGCAAAUUGGUGAUGAGAAUAUGCAAACUUGUCAACAAGUGGGUGUACUCUUGAUAAAAAUCCGAAUUCUCCUAACUACUGUACAAGGAACUGUGUAGCACCUGGAGGGGAGAAUUAAUGAUAAGAUAAGCUAGGCUUUUAAGAGUUGAACACCUGCAACCGAUUGGACACUUUGCGUCCAUCAUCGAAACCUUCUUCACCUGCACUACGAAAAAAUCAUGGCGUUUGAAUGCGGGUUUUGCAUGCCAGCUCAAGACUCUGUUUACUUUCAGAUAGAAAAUUUACACAGAAGACUUGACCAAACAAACGACUUGCUACAUUAUCACCAUAGAAAUCGAGACAGCGAACUCCGACAACGGGAUAAACUUGCGACCAAGCUUAAAUUAAUGGAAGAACGUGUACGAAACAACGUUUACAAAUACAGCCAAGAUUCUUCGAAAACAAAGAGAACGAGACGAGAAAAAUCAUCGAGAGGAGACAAUCUCCGUUCUUUUGCAAAGUGGAGGAAACAGCUGCAGAUUGUCCUCGACGCCCUGGAUGACGCCAUGGAAUACCUUCACGGCGUUAAUACCAGACGCGCUCGUCGGGCAAUCGUUGAAUUACUGGAGCUUAAAGAUGAUAUAACUGCAAGUUUGAUUGAAACCUCUUAUCUAAUGUCGUCGGAUGAAGAAACAAAAACUUAUCGAGGCGACCGUGAUCUUCGAUCUUCAAAGAGAAGCUUAGAAGCGAUUGUAAAUGAGGCAGAACAUAUAAGACGCGUCUCGCACAACUUAUCAGCGGAAAUGAAGAAUGAACUACAGGGAUUGAAGAGCGAAUGUGUCGCCAUGGCUAAGGACUUGGUAGCACUGAAUAGGAUCUUAGAAGAACAAAAACGAGCGUUAAUUGAAUAA